AUGUCAAGAACUCAGAGCUUGACAGACCUUUCUACUUUUCAUCUCGCAACGUCACGCGUGUUCCCGCGAUUAGCCGAUAACACGGCGAUCAAAGGAGCGCAAGCGAACUUCGGGACGCUUGCGUCAACGACUUCGAAACUACCCAUAAGUUGCCUCUUCUGCGGAAAGAGAGGCCACAUCGCAGCCCAGUGCUGGGCAAAGAAAAGACAGUAUGCCCGAGUCGACCCAGUAGCCAAUCAUCAGUUGCCGCACAACGGCAUAACCGGAGGCCGUCGUGCCUUCCAAUCUUCAGCUUACAUGCACGAACGUCCAAAUGUGCAAAGUUUACUGCCAGCCGAAGCCAACACAACGAACACGGUGGCGCAGCUGCGCCUGAUACUCCGCAACGACCAGCUCGCCCGAGCAUAUCAGCCAAGGAUCAACACAAUUCGGCCGCAUCAAUUCGUUCCAGGCAAAAACCAACAUUACUACCAGCCAAAAUUUCAAGAAAUUCGCAAAUUGGGCAUACAUCUCAACAGAUGGCCCAAAGUUUCAACCGACAAUCUUCCACAAUCUGGUGAUCGGGUCGCUAUCCGAAUCAAUAACCCCGACACACUACAACGAAAUUUGAAGCGCCCCGAGGGUUCGACAGAAACCCUAACGAAAAUAGUCAACAGGAACGCUUCUCAUCCGAUGGAGAGAGCAAAUUCAAUGAAGCAUCGAACCUUAUAUCUUCCUGGAACAAAGUUUUCGACAUCGCACACUGCAUCUUCCAAGGGGUCGCCAGGUCGCCAGCUCCGAGCUAUGUGUGUUAUUAGGCAUCCACAGCCUUCAACAAGCAGCAGCUUCCAUCCGAGCAGCAGACGCCAACAUCAUAAGGUUAGUGUCAAACAAAAAUUACACCUCGUUACAGCAUUCGCUACGAAUGGAAUUCGACACCCCGGAAGAGUUACGAUCAUCAGUUGGCAAACGUGCCUGGAAACAAUCGGUGAAGAAUCCAGAGCAAGCCGCUAUCAACCUGUUCAUCAAGCGCUAUUAACCGCGCCGGAUUAUCGCCACUACAGCCUCUUCCUACGAACAUCAUGGAAGAAUCUCGGUGAGGUAAAAACGUUACAGAUCGACGAAGCGUCCCAGAUACCGAUCAUCACCACACUGACAGCCUUGGACGCAGCUUUUCCCGCUGCACGCUUGGCUCUCGUCGGCGAUUUCCGCCAACUACCACCAUUUUCCCACACCAAAAACACGAAAUCCAUCCGAAAAGUAGGAGUCGGAGAGCCGUUGUUUUGGCUCACCGACGGAGAAAGAGUUCCGAUCGUGGAACUCACACAUGUUUGGCGUACUCAUCCGGUCGGCACCUCGUUGACGAACUCGGGUGAGGUGGAAAUCGCGAAGAUAGUUGUGACACGAGUACUGCAGCAUGUCCCGCUGAUCAGGUCGGCAUCAUCACCUUCUAUCGAGCGCAGUGCAACGGAAGGUAGCAUCCACAUCGGCACCGUCGACAGCUUCCAAGGACACCAGAAGGAAGUCGUCAUCCUUUGCUUGACGAAGACGAACAAGGCACCGUCCGACUUCGCCAGAGAUGACCUCCGCAUCAAUGUCGCGCUGUCUCGAGCGAGACAAGUCAACAUCAUCAUCGGCGAUCUUCCGGCCAGCAGAACAGUCUACUCAUGGAGCCGCAUAAUCAGAGAGAUCGAAUCGCAAAACGCCACCAUGGACGCUUCACGCUUCGCCUCCAUCUGA